CCUUCAGCAGACACACUCUAUUGCUCCCACCCACAGAAAUCUUACUGAAGUCAAAAGUUCCUUUUUCAUCUCACAGUCAAACAGCGGGUCUUGUUUAUUUCAUUUUAUUUGACACAGCUGAAGGCCUCCAAGAGUAGUUAAGGUCACAAGUGUAUGCUAUAGGAUAAGAGAGAGAGACAUUUUUUGGUUUUCGUUGAGUGAGAGGAAAUUUUGAAACAUUGUGCAAUGGUGCCGCAAAAGUUUUGAAAGGCUGUAAGAGUGUUUUGCCAGCAAAGCGCCUGAGAGUCGGUCCGUUGGAGAAGAGGUCUCCAUGUUGCAUCCAUUCAGAAUGGAGAGCUAUCUCAUCCCGCCUCACUCAGAAGAUGUGUAUGAUCCAGAAAUCUACAGACAUCAAAUUGAAUAUUAUAAUCCCUAUGUCCUAGAUACCGAUAUCCAGGCAGAUCACUGGGACUAUCAUCCUCACCCCCAUGUGCACCCUGUAGAGUUUGAAAACCUCCAAGAGACCAACUUCACAGAGCUGCAAAGUGUGCAGGCACUCCACCCAUCCAGCCUCAUACGACACGACAACACACGAUACGAUGCAGAAAACCUACUCGAUCCAAAUCUUGGGGCACAUCCACACGUGUUACAGCAACCAGUAGCGUUCUUCCCUCGGUCGCUGUAUGCACCACACGUGUCCCAGCGCAGCUCUGAUGAUGAAGACCACGGAGGACGAAGUCCCCCGCUGGAGGUGUCUGAUGAGGAGUGUCUGAGAGAGCGAGUCCCUUAUGUCACACCAGGAGAACUGGGCAAUAAAAAGAAGAUCCGUUUGUACCAGUUCCUGUUGGACCUUUUAAGGAAUGGUGAUAUGAAGGACAGUAUCUGGUGGGUGGACAGAGACAAAGGGACAUUCCAGUUUUCUUCCAAACAAAAAGAAGUGCUCGCACACCGCUGGGGAAUCCAGAAGGGCAAUCGCAAGAAAAUGACCUAUCAGAAGAUGGCUCGUGCUUUGCGCAACUACGGCAAGACUGGGGAGGUGAAAAAAAUAAAGAAGAAGUUGACGUACCAGUUUAGUGAUGAGGUUCUGGGGAAGAGUCAUCUGGACAGAAAACCAUAUAUGUAGACAAGAAUGAUGUUGAAUGAUACACUCCACUUUCCUUGGAUAGUCCAUAGACAUGUAGCUUACGCUGUUUGGUGACUCUAAAUUGCCUAUAGAAGUGACUGUUUGUUUGGUUUUGCUUCUCUAAGUGUUGUAAAGACUUCAAAGCUGUUUAGGGUGUACCCCGCCUCUUGCCCAGUAACGGCUGGGAUUGGCUCCAGGCCCCUCUUGACCCUAUUCAGGAAUAAGUGGUAUAGAUAAUGGAUGGAAGGAUGGAUGGAUUUGUGAAUGGGUACUCAGAUUCGAAAACAAAUAUUUGGUAAUUUGCUCUCAGAUUUACCCUGAUAUUUGCAAGCAUGCACGUUGCACCUUGACUAUUGCAGCUAUCCUGGUGGCCAGAGGCAGAACUGCAAGUCAUGUGAUGCUAUAGCUCAGAGAAACAAUCACCAUAAUUAUAUGGCAAUCAUUUUCUAUACCGCUUAGUCCCAAACGGGGUCACGGGGGGGCAGGACUGUUUCAUUAGGCUACAUGUCUUUAAGAUAGUUGCCUAAACUGGCAUCUGAGUGUAUAUUUCAAAAGCCACAAACAACUGCUGGCAUCUGCAGGAGUAAGACACACAUACUUGAGAAUUAUAUGUAUAAUGCUUGAGCUUGAAAACAGGAAGCAUAAGAAACAUUUUUAGUCUGCAGUAUGUGCUGAGUGAGCAAGUUGCAAUGACAUCACCAUUUUCAGUACUUCACCAAGUGUUUAAUAAGUCCGUGUUGCCAGUCUGUUGAUACUUACAACUUUAAAACAGAGAAAGCACAACUAACUAAUAUAAAUAUGUAUAACGGUAUUGCUAAUUAAAUAAGACUGCAGUUGUAGAGCUGGCUGUUGGUUUUCACAUUGGAUAUGCAUUCACAUCUCAGUCCACAGUUCAAAAUCUGGAUUGUUUACAUAUUUUGUUUUCUGUUUUUUUAAGGCUUUUUUAAAUUUGAUAUCUUAAAAAUAUCUGCCAAUGUUUGGAGAAUUAUGCAUGCUGGUUAUAGCAAGAUUAGAAGAUUAAUACCACUUUCAUGUAUGAUGUACUGUAUGUACAAUAAAUAGCAGGGGUUAUCUUAGUUAAGCAUAAAGACUGGAAUCAGGAACCAGGUAGCCUAGCUGCAGUGCAUAAAUAGAGCGAACAGCAAAGGUAACAACAGCCUAAAUUUAAAAACAAUAAUUUGUGGAGCUAUUUGUAGGACUAUUUCUUGCUCAUGAGUUAUGACUCCCUGGAGUUGUGAUUGUGAGGUUGUCAGUUCACCAGCAGAGACUAGUUUUAGCUUUAUAUUAAGUGUGGACACAUGAAAAUGGUAUCAAUCUUCUCACCUAACUCUUAGCAUUAACGAUAUUAACCAUACAGUAUGUGAAAUCUUUACAUGCAAUCAGUAGUGUGCUGCAUGGUCUGCAGCUUUGACCCUAGGUCACUGUGAUGCCUAUGGCUUUACAAAGGUUGAUAUGAUCGCAUAAAUAUACCUAAUCAUUUUUUUAAAAUGUUUAUGUAAAUGUUGUCAAGAUUUCAUUCAAAAUUUUGUUUUAUUGUGUUUUGUAUUCCUCUUCUAUUUGUAGGUAUUUAUUUACAAUGCCAUUUAAUAUUUAAAAAAGUAAAAAGACACAAAGGGCUCUGUUUUCCUGCCAGCGCAAAACUAGUAUAGCACAAGUCUUUUAUUAUUAUUAUUAUUAUUGUUGUUGUUGUUACACAUUGGUAUGUUUGGUAUUUUUCUGCCAUGAAGGAAUUGGCUUAUGCUGAGGUGGUAGGAUAAGCACAGUUGAAACUUUUUUUAUACAGAAGAGGCACUGCAGUGUGAUUUUGGUGCUUAGUUUGAUCCAAAAUCGCAAUUGUGAUAACACCUACUCAGACCUUUCUCUCUUUAAAAAGCAAGUGUAUUCCUAACAAUAGUCUAGGCUUUGUAGCACAAGAACAGGUACCCAAAUGUAUUUUACUCGCCAUACCAACUUAAAAUAAACCCUUAAAUUCACAACGGAUCUGCCAGGACUCACAGUGAAUAAUUUCUUGUGAUAUUUCUGAAUCAUCUAAUAAAUUAGAAGUAUUAUUUUCAGAUCAGCGAACUAGUCCGCAGUAUGUGGCUAUAUAUGAAUGUGGUCAAACAGAGUUGGCACAUGUAAUGAUGCACCAUCUGUCCUUAUACUGUGCAGCUAUGAAUAAAUUAUGCUCUAUAAUUGCUGCUGGGUACAAGACCAGAGUCUUUCUGUCUUCCAUGCGCAAAAGCUGGUCAGUCAUAUUAAAUCAAAUCAAAUCAAAUCAAAUUUUAUUUGUUUAGCCCCAAAUCACAACAAACGUCAUCUCAGGACACU